AGGUGCACCAGCUGCAUGUACGGGUACAUCGUCACCUUGGCCCUGGCCGAUCUGUACCUACCCACCAUCCCCGUCGUGGUCUGCUUGUACUUCGUGGGGGACUGGCACUUUGGAGACCUGGGCUGCAGCAUCCUCUUCAGCCUCAACCUCCUCACCAUGCACGCCAGCAUCUUCAUCCUCACACCAUCACGAGCACUGAGCGCUACCUGGCGCGUUGUCAGGCCUCUGGACACCCUGCACAGGUCGAGGGACCACCGGCGGGUGGCCACCUGCCUGGUGUGGCUGGUGGCCUUCUUCCUCACCCUCCCCACCACAAUCCCCAUCGACCUGCCCACCAGCCGCCGUGACGGGGGGACCAAGCGUAGGUGCCACGCCACAUGGCAGAUGGGGACCUACAAGGUGUAUCUCAUCGUCCUCUUCAACACCCGCAUCCUCGCUCCAGGCGUUGUCAUCCGCUGCUUGUACACCGAGCUGGCUAGGACCUACUGGAGGUCCCAGCGGGCUCUUGUUCUCAGCACCGAGGAAACCAGCUGAUGUCCCAGGCAGAAGGUCCCGUGUAUCAUCUUCAGCAUCGUGCUCGCUUACUGGGCUCGCUUCACGCCCUUCUGGCUGCGGCAGCUCUUCAGCAUCCCUUGGUACGAGCAGGGGGACCGGGGUGGCACCGCCGUUGUCUCCAUCAACUUCCUCGUGACCUGCCCAGCCUACGGCAACAGCUGCCUCAACCCCUUCCUCUACACGCUGCUCCCCAAAAACCACAGCGAAGUAUCUGCGUACAAGGUGGAACGUGUAAUGACAAAACGAACACCAGACUUGAUGUUAUUCUUUGGGCAAGUUUGA